UCUUCCAACAAGGAUCCUUAUUUCCUUCAAGUUACACAGGAUGAAACCACUCAAUUUAAUGGCAUUGCUGCAAUGGCAGAAUCCUUUGGAUGGAAGAAUUUGAUCAUUAUUUGUGAGAACACUGGUAAUGGGAGGGAUAUGGCUACAUUUAUGGCCAAUGCCUUCCGAGAGAAGAACAUAUCUAUAACGUAUAGGAGCCUACUUCCAACCUCUGCUAGCUAUGAACUUGUCCAGGAAGAGCUUCAUAAGCUUUCGACUAUGCGAACAAAAGUAUUUGUGUUGCAUACUUCACCUUCUCUUGCAACCAACCUUUUGCUGAAUGCAAAAUAUCUAGGAAUGAUGGGUGACGGAUACAAAUGGAUCAUCACCAGCAAGACUAUGGACUUCUUGAAUCUCUUGGAUGGUGAAGUCAUCGAGUCUAUGCAAGGGGCAGUGGGUUUUAAAUCAUAUAUUCCACAAUCAAGGGAACUUCGUAAAUUCACUUGGAAAUGGAGAAAGGAAUAUGAUGGUAGGAGCCCAUUGAUGGAGGUCAAGGACAUAAAUGCUUAUGCUAUUUGGGCACAUGAUGCAGUUUCAGCAUUAGCAAUGUCUGUUGAGAGCAUGGAAGCUGUUAAAUCGAAAUAUUUGGAAACGAGUGGCUCCAGCCAAAAGGGUACAACACUUCUGAAUCAGAUGUUAAGAAUAUCAUUUCAAGGUUUAGGUGGUGUUUUCCAAUUUAGGAAUGGGAGGAUUACUGCACAAGUCCUAGAAAUAGUAAAUGUGAUAGGUAAAGGGGAACGUAGGGUUGGGUUUUGGACAACAGAUGCUGCUUUCACCAAAAAGAUUGGUAAGUCGAAUUCCUUUUCCAAGGAUGGCCUGAAAGCCAUCAUCUGGCCAGGAGGUAUUACAUCACAUAGCAAGCAACUGGGUAGCAAAAACCUCAGAAUUGUCGUUCCAGCGCAUUCUAGAUCAAAGGGAAUUUUUCAAGUGAAUUAUGAUGCUCAAACUAAUUCGACAGUCGUUUCAGGGUUUUGCGCAGAAGUGUUCCAAGUUGCCUUCGCUGCAUUAGGUCAGGAUGUAGCCUUACAUUACAUUCCAAUUAGGAAUAAUUCUAAAAUUGGAGAAAUAGAUUACAACGAUCUUAUAGAUCUAGUCCAUUCUGGGGAAUUUGAUGCUGCCAUUGGAGAUAUAACAAUCACAGCUAACAGAUCUCGAUAUGUUGACUUCACAUUGCCAUACACCGAUCUUGGCUUUGCGACACUAUCACGAGACGCCGAUGCAAGCRWAUGGAUCUUUAUGGAACCACUUAGUUCAAAUCUUUGGCUUGCGUCUGCUUGCUUUUUUAUUUUACUGGCACUUGUGAUAUGGAUUCUUGAACAUCGGACAAAUCAAGAAUUUCAAGGUUCACGAGGACAACAAGUCGGAACAACCAUUUGGUUUGCCUUUUYGACUCUUGUUUAUGCUCAUAUGCUGGUGCUCACUUCAAGCUACACUGCAACAUUGAGUUCGUUGUUAACCGUCGAACAAAUUCAGUUAGCAUCGAAGAGAAAUUCGAUUGGAUACUCGCCUUCCUUUUUCGUUAACAGAGGAUAUAAUAAGAACUCAAUUCAGGGCACCAGAUUGAAGUUGUAUUCCACAUUAGAGGCAUAUGCCGAUGCUUUGUCACGUGGGAGUAAGAAAGGCGGUAUUGAUGCAAUUGUCGAUGAAAUUCCUUACAUUAAGGAAUUCCUUGCACAAUACCCRUCUGGUUACUCCAUGACCGUUUCUGAAGCUACCACUAAUGGUUUUGGCUUCGUAUUUGCACGAGGUUCAUCCUGGGYCCCUGAGAUCUCGAGACAGAUUGCCAGACUACGAGAAGAUGGGACUUUAAACAAGUUGGAGAAUAAGUGGUUUAACCAACAACCGGUGGAUUCUACGCCUACAACUAAAAUUCUAAACCUUAAAGACUUGCRUGRUCUAUUWGUGAUCAGUGGGGUGUCRAUGGCAGCUGCCCUUUUCCUGUUCGUGCUUUAUUUGGUUCACGAGAAACUACAUUUCAACUCCACGAAGCUGGCCGGAGGAAAGCUAGCGUUGAUCAAAAGGUUUCUCGUGCCGAAAAACUGGUAAUGCUGUUGAAAGAA